UACUCAUUAGAUGUUUGUACUGAGUCUAGGCUGAGCCGUGAGGUUAGAUCCUUGACCUCAGGGUCUCAGAAGAAGCUGCUGGUGGAGCUGGGGGCUGAAAGGGCUGCAAAGAUGCCGGGGGUCCAGCUCCUGGCCUGUGUGUGGACUCUGGUCAUCACACAAGCUGUGUUGGUGCUCAGUGACAUUCAGUUCCUGGAGCGGUUUGAGGGCGAGUCUGUGGUUCUUCCGUGUGUCAUUCCGCAGAAACAUCCCGCGCCCUUCGCCAUGUACCUGAACCGCAGCUGGCUGCAGCAGAGCAAAGUGCUCUACAUCUACACGGGGAGCAACGCCUCCGUGAAGAACAAUGACGACCAGGGCCGCAUCAGUACCAGUGGCGACCCCAGAAGCCACGCCCUGAACGUGACCAUCUCCGAGCUGAGGGUCAGCGACGCAGACCGCUACCACUGUGAAUUUGGUGUUUUUAACGAUCUAUCUGAAGACCAGUGGAUACACGGAGACACUGAAUUCGUCCUCAUUGUUACAGCUGCUGCUCCUGGCUCUCUGGACAUAGGGUUGAUAGAGACUUGUGCCGGGGGCUCGGCCGUGCUCCCCUGUCUCCCCCCAAACGGGGAAGGCCAGGCGGUGGAGGGCGUGAGUCUGAAGCGCCAGAGGGGCCGGGCUCCAGUGGAGGUGUUGUACCACUCAAAGCGUCAUCAUGGCAGCAGCUCCUCCUCGUCCUCCUCGUCCUCCUCUCAGUUUUCCACUGGGAGGGUCCAGCUGUCGUCCGCGCCCGGCCCCAGCGGCCUCACCUACAAGCUCACCCUGCAGCAGCUGCAGCCGGAGGAAAGUGCCCUGUACAGCUGCCAGCUGCUUGUGCGAGGCAGGGCCGACACCAGCUCCAGUCUGGGGAGACAAGUGUUCUUUGUUUCUGUGCAAGGCGGGCAGUGCGGCUGCUCCAGCUACUCCACCCUGCUGUACGCCCUGUCCUCAGCUGUAGCCGUCCUCCUCCUCCUCCUCCUCCUCAUUGGAUUUCUUGUGACUCGUAAAGGCAAAGCUCGCCGCGGUGUCAAGGCACGCCCUCAGGCCCCCAUCUACGAGGAGAUGACUGGGGUGAAGCCACACGCCCGAAAACUGGCCUCUCACCAUCUGGAGGAAAUGGAGUCGUCUGAGUACACAAACUGCGCUGUGAAGAAACUCGUCCCUGAGAACCAUUAUGAAAGUCCCAGCUCCUGUACCAGUUCAGUCCUGAAGUGUCAGGACUGAAGUGGGAUGGUACUGAACAGAAUGCUCUUAUUUUAACAAUGUGAGACAGAGCGUUUUCACUUAGAUUAAUUAAUUGAUCAAUGCAUGAAAAAACAAUCAAGCAUAUUUAGAGGUAUGAUAUUUAUUAGUUUUGGCAAUUUUAUGCAAAAAUUUAGAUCCGGAGAAUUUAAAUUUGAUUUCAAGGGGAACACUGUAAAAAAGUUAAACCUAUUCCUGGAUCCGCACCAAUAUUGAAUAGGUUAUUUUGGGGUUUGGGGCCCCGCCCCUCCACAGUAUGUUAUAGAAAUUGGUUCAGUAGUUUUGAGUCAUCCAAGCGCUGUUAAAAACGAAAGCUUUUUUGGUGGAAGUAAAAAUGUAAAACCUGCUAAGCAGCAUUAUGAACUAAACCAACUCUCCAGCUCAGCUGCCUCUGACACACAGAAGAUUGUUUUUAUUUUCUUUAUAUUUGGUCAAAAGAGUGUUUGUACUAGACAUAAGUUUAGAUAUAUUAGUUUAUAUUUCAAUGUCAACAUUUCUUGUGAUGCAUUUCGAAGUUUGUAUUAAAAGAUUUUUCAAAAUAAACAUUGAUGCUUUGGAUAUGUUCAGCAAACUAAA